AUGAGAAUUACGCAAUGCUACUUAAGCAUCCUCCUAGCAUUCAUGUGCGCAAUUUCGACUGCUAAUGAUACCGUCUUGCGUUACAAGCAACCGAUUCCACCCAAUGUCCAAAUAGUCGACACGAAGCCUAAAUUCGCCGAAGUUCAAGACGCGAACCCUGGCGUGCUUGUCUACCCCGAAAACGGUGGUUACUACCUGAAGCACCCAGAUAGCGGAAAAGUUGUGGCAAUUUCAUCUGACGACUUGAGUACCAAACUUGAUCAGUCAUUCCUGUCUCUAUCUCGCAAACUUGAGGCCGAAGGCAAUUACGAAGAGGCUGCCGUUGUACUCCAGGACCUACAAGAGAAUGUAGGUGCAUUGCAAAAGCGAGAGGAAGAUACCGACUGCGGAUUUGCCUGUGGUGGCAUGCGGAUAUCUGUGAAGACCCCGACGUCUGCUACGGCCUAG